GUGAUGUAUUUUAUUGUACAAAAGCCCGUGGCUGUACAAGUCGUCGCGUAUCUCUACUGCGACAAGAAAUGUGUCUAAUUAUCAGGAACAGAGGAUGUAUUAUUCGGUGUAUGUAGCGAAGUAACGAGAACCUCUUAUACGUAGUAUAUAGAUGACAAUAAAAUAACUAUUCCGUUAUCGAGGACAUCCUGAAAAUAGUAUGUCUUCGGCAGGGAGGGAGACGAGAAUGUGUUGUGUUUGUGCAAAGUUAAUAAGUACGGGACGUUAACAGGCAUUGCCCCAGUCUUAAUUCUUGCGGCGAGUGACUAACUUGGGUGGUUAUUUAGUUUCUUACUUUGUUGUAAUCAAGUGUCAAUAAAUAGCGUAUACAUCGUGAUUCCUUGUUACGCAUUAUACGUGCAUCAUCUUUGUGUUGAAUAUCCGGAGAGAGAAAAAAGACGCCGAACAAGCAUCGACCAAGACGUGCGACCAGAAAUUUUUGAGCAAAAAAAUUGACGUAAGAAAGUACAAUCAUCGUCACUUGUGAAGAGACACUUGUGCAGACUCCGCACGGCGAGUUGCACUUGUUUUGUGCCGUAGGAGUAAAAUAAUAAUAGAACGGUACCCAUAAUCGUGUAACGCGUCGAAUCCUAGCCGUUGAAACGUAUAGCAUUAACAAGAGCGUAACAGAUGAUUUUAUUCGAUAUGCGACUUCAGGCUGACCACAUCUGUUAUCGCCGCGAGUUUAUUGCAAAUUGAUCGGCUAAUCAGCGGAAAAGAUUCAAGGCUCUUCAAUUAAAACAAAACCUUUCACUCGAGCAAUCAACGAUGGCCGCUACAUUCGACCAGUAUGACAAAUCCAGUUGGUAUUUUGGUACUAUGUCAAGGCAGGAUGCGACGGAUCUAUUGAUGAGUGAAAAAGAAAGUGGUGUAUUUUUGGUGCGAGACAGUACGACUAUCCAUGGAGAUUUUGUCCUAUGCGUUAGGGAGGAUAGUAAAGUUAGUCAUUAUAUUAUAAACAAAAUACAACAAGGAGAUCAGAUACGGUAUAGGAUUGGCGAUCAAAUGUUCCCUGACAUACCAAACCUUCUGGCUUUUUAUAAACUACAUUAUCUGGAUACAACGUCACUUAUCAGGCCUGCGUCUAGGAGGAUUCAAAAAGUUAUUGCCAAGUAUGACUUUGAAGGCAGUGAUUCCGAUGACUUACCAUUUAGAAAAGGUGAAAUACUGACGGUAAUAUCGAAGGAUGAGGAGCAGUGGUGGACAGCCAGGAACAGUGUGGGUCAAACAGGAUCUGUUCCAGUUCCAUACAUCCAGAAAUACGAGGAGGACAGUAUGACAUUGUUGGAGAAUAGUUCACGGCCUGAUUCUGGGGGUAGCUGUAGUUCGAAUUCGAAUUUACUUCAGCAACAGCAACAGACACAAUCCCAGUUACUUCUUCAAGAGACCGGACAAACCGGUAUACCAAGGCGAUCUAACAUUCAGAGAACUCUGCCUGCCUUUGCUAAGGUUAAACAAGCCAGAGUACCAAAUGCUUAUGAUAAAACGGCACUCAAGCUUGAGGUUGGUGACAUGAUUAAAGUUACUAAAACAAAUAUCAAUGGUCAGUGGGAGGGUGAAUUGCAUGGCAAGACUGGACACUUUCCUUUCACGCAUGUCGAAUUCGUCGACAGUGAGAAUGGCGACGGUAAUCAAGAGAUGUGAAACCAAGGUGCAGCAAAUGUGUAAUCAAUUUAGAAGGCUGCGUCGUAAGCACUUUUUUUUUCCCCCCCCUCUAUCAUCACCAUCGUCAUUCAUUGCUGUUUAUAUUAAUGCAGGAAAAAUAUUUGAGUCAUUUAUUACAUAAUAUUAGAAAAGCAAACAAAAAAUUUAAUCAAUCAUUUCUAUUCGUCCAUUCCAAUUUUGCAGUUUCGUAUAUAUUCUAUUUCAGUUUAUAUGAAUUGCAUAUCAAUAUUCGUGAAUUUUUUUAAAAUUAGGCGGUUCUUGAUAAUUCCAAUUAGUACUUGAUUUUAUGAAAGUGAACAGUUCUGCUGGACACUCGACAACGACGAUGAAAUUGCUGCGAAUGUAUUAGUAAUUUGAAUACAAGGUGAAGUACAUUUUUAAAAUCACAAAAAUCUACCAAAUUCAGCAGUAUCAGAAAUUGUUGUCAAUUUUUUUUUUAAAUCAACGAAACUUCCAAUUUAAACCUAUUUUGCUGAAAAAUAUUGUACAAACAUAAUAUACUUACGUAAAAUUAAUAUGUAGAUAGUUGAAGUUAGAAAGACCAAAUGCUCUACGCAAUCCGACAUUUUUAAAUAAAUGGCAUUUAAUUUGGGGUUCGACUAAUUUUUUUAUUCUGCUUUAAUCAACAAGUGAUUGUAUAGUUAUGUGCGAAAUAUCCCAUGCAUUAGUAUAGACAGUCUUUUGUUAGCCAUAAAUCGUGCCACUAAUACAUCAAGUCAGGGUUGUAGAACGUUCACUUGAAAAGUCUGAAUACCAAACCUUAACUUCUUUUCUUCACGAAGAUCUGCAUUCUAAUGACCAAAACAUUUUCAUAAAAAUAAUACGAACCAGAGGAAAGACAAAGCAAGAUUUCAUUUCAUUUUGCUAUUUUUGAUACCUCUAAAUUCUUCCUUACAUUCGUUCGUUACAACGCACAAAUUGAUGAAAUGUAUUUUCUAUUCAUAAUAUCCGAAGCUGGUAUUUUCACUCUUCAACAAUUUGUACAGGCGAUAACCCAAAAAUCUUCCAGUUAGUACGUGCAGUAUUAAUCAGAAAUAAGAAUAUAAGGAAAGAAUUGAAUAAAAGUACUGUGGUUGAAAUAACGGGAAAGGAAAUAUCUAAUAGCUGAAUGAUUCUAUUGCCACAUAUUUUUCGUACAUAUAUAAAAAAAAUAAUUAUAUAUAUAUAUAUAAUAUACAUACACAAAUAUAUGUAUAGUCUUGAAAAAAACACAAAUCUAAUCACAUUUGCAAUAAAUCUAUUUACCAAAGGACGUAUAUUGUCCGAUAAUUCAAAAUAAUCAUGCACAUACACGCAGAAAAAAUGUAUUGUUUUUUAUCUCAUUUAUACACAAUUAUCAUUAAUAAUGUGAUCAGCUUACGACGUAAGAAUUGUCUGAUAAGAUGUGAAGUUUCUUUUGAUCGAAACAUAUGUAUGUUUUGAUGACACAAAUAUUGUCAGUAACUUGGAAUGUAAAAUAGGCAGCACUGUGGGUGGAUUUUUUCUGUUUUUUUUUUUUUUAAAUUUAACUAUUUUUCCCAUUUUCGAUUCACCUGCAUUGGCAGAAUCACAGAAAAAGUCUGGCCAUAUUUUGUAUAGAUUAAAAAUAGUGUAUGACCGUGCCAUUGUGUAUACUAUUCGUCGUCUUUGGUGCUUAAGAUUUAUAAUUUGAAUUGUCACAACACCAUUUUAGAUGAUAAUAACAUUAUAAUAUGGCAUGUAUUUACCAAAUUUAUUAAAUAAUAUUUAGAUUACGUUUUACCAUACUUAUAAUAGGUAAAAAUUCUUGUAAUGUAUAGUAAUUAAAUGUUUAAACGUUAUAAGAUUAUUCGAUCUACAAUGCCGUCACGCAAUAAUAAACUAGACCGAUUUAUAAAUGCGCAAUAUGUUCAUAGAUGAUGAAUACCUGAAACCAAAAUGUCUGCAAGCCGUGAAAUUUAAAGAAAAAAAUAUACAUUUCUUAACAUCACAUGCAAACACUAAGGAAAGGAACAAAAUUACAAUCCUACAAAAAUCCUGACCAAAAGAAGAGACGAAUAAAAGUAAAAAUUGCGUUUCAGGUAUGUAUAAAAGACACGCAUAAUGUGUAUGUUAUUAGGGUAAAAGUAUGCCACAUACUUUUAUCUAUCGCUGUUCGCUUGGUAUGAUUAAAAAUUCCUUCAGCGCGUUUAAAUGUGUAGAGAACCGAACAUGAUCACUAUGACUGGGAAAUGUUUAUAAUAAAAGUGAUAUUUGUAUAUUUUUGUAACAUGCGCACAUACCUACCUAUGUAUAUUCAGGUUUCGUUAGUUAUUUUGGUUGAUAAUAGUAUACGGAGCAGAACACUCUUUUUUGAGCUGGUUAUUCGAUAAAUAAAAUAAAAUGCUUAGGAUGAAAACUAGAUAAAUAACAUAGAGAAUUAUGUAUGAGUAGAAUAAAAAAAAAAAAAAGAAGCCGCGGUAGGUAGCUAAUUAAGUAAUUGUAUUAUUAAUUUAUAAUAAAAUAAAAAAACAUGAUUUUAAAAUAAAAAGUAACAGUCAUUUUUAGCCAAGAACACCUACUCGGGAGAAAAAUCUACAAAUUUAAUGCAUUUCGAACAAUUGAAUUGUUACGUUAUAUAUAUUUUUUACCGCUUACAAAUAAUAUACAUAUAAAUACACACUACACAGUAGCUCUAAAUUCCUAGUUAUUAAAAUAAAGAUUUUUUUCUUUUACAGAACUGACUGCUAAAUACCGCCAAAUUCCCCAUUUAGGUAUCAAGUUAAGUUCGGCUAAUACAUACAAUAUAAAUAAUCGGAUCCUCAUUUUUUGUUUUGUACAAUUCAUUCCUUGAACAUCGAUCGUUAAAAAUUUGACUUGCGUUCAAUUUUAAACAUUGGUAAUUUAAUCAUCUUCUUUUUUGUUCAUUCAAGUUUCCUCUGUUAUAUCCUCUCCAUUUUCGCGUGA